CGUUACUUACCCGAAUUCUUCAGAGCAUAGAAGCCACAGAUAAGUCCACAAACUUCAUUUGAAGACGUAACUUUGCCGUAUAAUUGAAAUGGAGGACGAGUACCGUGAGUUUACCGUUCCUUACGUGCAUGUAAAUGACGAAGAAAAUUCUCUUAAAGGCCGUCUAUUGCUGGUAACGAAGCGUGUUUUGACCUCGACCACGGUGAGGGUACUGUGUUGCGUUGCUUAUGCAAUGUUUUUCAUCUGGCAAGUGAUUGGUUUGAUCUUGUACUCCAUCCGUGCCUUUGAGGCAACUCUCACUGCCAGACGCGCAAGCUUCCAACCAGCAGACAUCAUCUCGUUUGAUCGCUCUGAACAGCUGGAGCUCGCUUGGGUAAUUUCCCAGGUAUGCAACUGUGCCUUGGUACUCAUGGCUAUAUCAAGAGUACCUUCUUUCUUAGGGUGGUCUGUCAUUCCAACGCUACUAGUUCGGCUUCCGGCAUUUUGGAGUCUCCUAGCCUUGUUCUUGAUGACAAUUGUAGGCUAUGGGAUGAUCCUUGCUCAGAAAAAUGACGAGAUGAUGGAGAUCUGUCUGAUUAUGGUUCUGGCGAUAGACAAUGGUGUACAGUUGGUUUUGAUAAGCUUCCUAAACUUUACUCAAAUAAAUCAUUCCUACAAACAGUAUCCUUUUAAGAUAUUUGCCUUCCUCAAAAUCAAUAUAUUUUUUCUGUUUUUAUCGUAUUUUGCAGCCUUUGUUGUCAGCUCACUCCAGAUUGCAAUUCAUGUUUAUGGCAUAGAAAAGAGCGGUUCAAUAUCUGAUGAUUGUUUUAAUGCAAUUAUUGCCGUAAGGAGAUUUACAGAGGUUGUAUUCUCUUACAGAGUUUAUAUUUUUUACUGGAAUAAAUUGUUUUCUGAUCCCAGAAAUAUUCUUUGUCACUACGACUAUUUGGAAGAAGUUACAAAAGAAAUUAGAACGAGUUAACGGUCAGUUAAAGAAACAAGUGUGCUUUAAUUCUGCUAGUGUACGUUUCAGAAAAUAGCUGGAGAAAAGGUGCCAUCAGUUCACAGCAGCUGUAAGUUUUUGUGCGAGUGAGACUUCUGUGAGUUUGAAGUGCCUUUGGUGUAGGUUUAUAGUCAAAUCCUAAUUUGGGAUUAAUUUCCAAUUUUAGAAUGUCUUAAUGACUAAGUUGAGUAAUUGAAGUAGUUAUAAUGGAUAUGUUUGGAAAAUUUUUCUGACCUUAGCUUUGAUCUCCAUAAAAGUUCCAAACAAUGUAAUGUGUCUUUACUUUUAGCUCUGCCUUCCACGUUUCUGUUUCUCAAUCAUGUGGGAUUGUAUACACUUCAAUGUGCAAUUAUAGGAAGUAUCUAGAAUCAUCAAAGGCCAGCAUUUUUUUGUUGAAAACCUAGAUAUUCUUGUGUUAACUAUGAAGAGAAUAUAAGUCCAUAUUCUCCCACAGCUAUCUAAUGAAUUAGUGUACGUCUCAGAGCGUAGUAGAGCUGAAUUCAUCACACAAACAGUAGCCGUGAUGCAGUAGAAGAAUAAAGUAUUUUGUGUUUAUGUAUAUUCGUGUAAAUAAUGUCGUAAUUCUCUUAUUUUGGGCGCAAUAAUUUCGUCAGUAAACACUCAUUAUUAUAUAAACUGUGGUGUUUUAUAAGGUUUUCCAGAACUGGGAAAAGUCUUAACAGCACACGUGUAAAAUUACGAAAACUGACCUUUCGCGCCACUCGGUCAGGUUCAUGAGUGGAACGCUUACGGAUAGUGACGUUCAAGAUUUCCUAAUAACAGAAGAAAACCAGAAUAUCACUGGCUAUGGUAAUGGCAUUUCUUGCGGUUGAGAAUUAAAAUCGACAACCAGUAAAUUUGCUAAUAGGCGAUAUCGGUUUUGUACCAGAAAUUUUUUCUGUCGGUAUGGAAAAAGUUGAUAACUGAGAAUUUCGUGAAUUGAAAGUUACGCCCAUUGUUUGUUUUUAUAGUGAUUCAACAUAUUUUUUGAAUGAGCCUUAUCGCCCUCGCACUUUACGACCCUUCUUCGCGUACAAUACAUUCUCGUGUUCAACUCGCCAGAACAAAUCGAAACUGUAUCUCCUCUUUGGAAUCUCUUUAGUAAGCUUGAAAAAUCAUGGAAGUUUUUAAUGUUAUAUUUUUAACAAAACUAGC